GUAAUCUGCAAUCCCUCACCUGAAGUAUCGUCAUGCCGUUAGUAUGCUUUCCGAUACGUCCUCCAGAGGAAUGGGCUACCGGCGGGGAGCCCAUGACCGAGCGGCAGCGCAUCGCGCUCACCAACGUCGCCGCCUACAACCAGAUCGAUAUUCCUUUCCUCUACGUCAAGGAUCAGAACGGGCAAAACGUCACGAAGGCUGAGGCGUACAUUCUCAUCCAGAUGAUAUUGGACGGCUUACGACCGUCUCCGGAGUACAUCGACUCUCUGGGUUGGAAUCCUGACACGUACACGACUCCGCCGCACCCGCAAUUUUGGAUGAACUGCGAUGCGGCGCCGACAACCAUGCAAAUGGCGUGGCUGCACAAGCUCAUCGACGAUAUCGGUAUUCCUGAAGCCGUGAAGCUGAAGGCGCUUGAGGGAAUUACUCGAGGCCAGGCGUCGUUGCUGAUCGGCCGGUUGCGAGAGCAGAAGGGACACAUCCGUCCCGCGGAAGAGAGGAGGAUGGUCUUCGAGCAUGCCGUGCAGGCGGUGAAGGCCGAGUUGCCGACUCCGGAACAGGAGUAGCUCGCUCUUGACGGCAGGGGCAUAUUUGGACCUUUGUGUUGUGUACGACUACUAGGGGAGAUCUAAGCGCGAAUAGCGGAAUAGUGGAGGUAUACUUAUUUGGCAACAUCUGCGUUCCAGAUGAUCCAGCGCCCGUGCGCUGCCGCGUUGCAUCAUCGUACUCGCAGGCUCUUCGGGCCACCGAUCGCGCCCGCGGACCGCUCUCUCCCCCAUUCAGCACUAUCUCCCUUGGUAUCACGCCGACUCUGAGCUCGGCAUUUUCUACGACUCGGACUAGCAAACGAC